UUCUAUACAAGCUCUGGUUCAAGAAUUUGGGGUUGCAUUUUUGUGGGUUUAUGGAAAUUGUUCCGUACAACUAAGGUCUGAUGGCAACGGUGGCAGCUGGACCACGUGUCCAGUUGGUGAUAUCAGAUCAUUACAAUAAUUUCCGUCAGUGUCAUAAAUGUAGUUGGGUCGCAUUUCCACAAAGGUCGAGUCUUUCUUCUUAUAAGUAUUCCAGUUCAUUGUUCUCUGCUUCAUCUUUAUCUUUGAGUCUUGAAAAGAGGGUGAGGAAGGGUUUUAGGAGAGGAGUGGCUAUAACGGCGAUGGCGGAUUCGGGUACAAGCACAGUCCUUGUCACUGGAGCUGGUGGCAGAACUGGCAACAUAGUUUAUAAGAAGUUGAAGGAGAGGUCUGAUCAGUAUGUUGCUAGAGGUCUGGUUAGAACAGAAGAGAGCAAAGCUAAAAUUGGUGGAUCAGAUGAUCUUUAUGUUGGAGAUAUAACAGAUGCCGACAGCAUUGUACCUGCGAUCCAAGGUAUCGAUGCCCUCGUGAUCCUUACAAGUGCUGUGCCAAAGAUGAAACCUGGUUAUGAUCCAAGCAAGGGUGAGAGGCCCGAGUUCUACUUUGAAGAUGGGCAAUAUCCUGAACAGGUUGAUUGGCUUGGACAGAAAAACCAAAUUGAUGCUGCUAAGGCUGCGGGAGUGAAGCAAAUUGUAUUGGUUGGGUCUAUGGGUGGAACUGAUUUGAGUAACCCCCUAAACAGCUUGGGUAAUGGAAAUAUCUUGGUUUGGAAGAGGAAGGCAGAGCAGUACUUGGCUGACUCUGGUAUUCCAUACACAAUCAUAAGGGCUGGAGGCUUGCAAGACAAACAGGGUGGUGUUCGUGAACUUCUUAUUGGGAAAGAUGAUGAGCUUCUGAAGACGGAGACAAGAACCAUUACUAGGGCUGACGUCGCAGAAGUCUGCGUUCAGGCAUUGCAAUUUGAGGAGGCCAAAAACAAGGCAUUUGAUUUAGCCUCCAAGCCUGAGGGAACCGGAACACCUACCAAAGAUUUCAAGGCUCUCUUUUCCCAGAUCACCACUCGUUUUUGAUUUAAUGCUGUCCCAAUUUCCGCCUCAAGUGUUAUGUUAAAACAUCUAAUUUCCAUCUUGUUGUACUGCCUGCAAACAAGAUUUGAGAUUUACUCUUGUGGGGAAAGAAGAGUAAUAACUAGUAUAUGAGCAUGUCUAUGGCAGUGAAGCAAUCUUAGAGUUGUAUUCAAGGGGUUUCAUCCCCUAGCUUAUGAAAGGGUACAUCUUUAUUGGGUGCUCUCAACUUCAAAUAAUCUAGGUUUGAUGUAUGACUACCCUUCUUGAUAAUGGGAGCUAUGCUAGUUUUACAAGGAAA